AAAUCGAAGGAACAGCUGAUGGCUCCCCAGCAAAACAUUUGACCUUUGGAUUUUGGAUCUAGCUUAAAUUUGAAUCUGCUCCACAACUAGCUAAACGGUCACAACAUGAGUAUGGAUCGGCUAGUGCAGUUGAACAACCAGGCUGGCGGUCGGGACAAAAUCGCCCGCCUUAUCCAAUAUGCCUCGCGAGCGAUGUGGGACUCUUUAGAGUCCGCCAAUUCCAGCCCAUCGCUUGUGGACAACUUCAAGACGAUCGAAUACAUUCUGAGCACCUUUCGGAAGUUGCUCCGAUUUGGCAAAUGCGUCGAUGUGUUCUACGGCACCCUAAAGACAAUUCACUAUCCGGAUCUCACCAUCCGGGUGACGCUCACAUUGAGCAAACUGUCACAAUCACUGUUUCUCUUCGCCGAUCAUUUUCUCUGGCUGGCCAGGACGGGACUGACGGCAGUGAACGCCAAGCGUUGGUCCAGCAUCGCCAACAAAUACUGGCUCUUUUCAAUCAUCAUGAACCUGUGCAGAGAUUUCUACGAGAUCAUGAGGGUACUUGACCUUCAUAGAUCUGGCUGUAAAGCCGGAAUUUCGCACUGCCGCAUCCCCACGAGCAUUAACUCUCCAGAGGAUUUAAAACGCCUUGCACUACAAUCAUACGUUCUGAUGCAGGGACAUAAGGAUAUACUGGUAGACACGGUGAAGAACUUAUGCGACUUCUUCAUUCCGCUGACGGCAUUGGGCUACACAAGUCUCACUCCUCGUACAAUAGGACUACUAGGAGCGAUUUCAUCACUAGCUGGACUCUGGGCUUUAUUAGAGCCUAAGGCCAAGUUAACGCCUGCAUAACACCUGAUACUGGAAACCUUGUAGAUAGGAGCCCGUAUUUCCUUGUAUCUAUUUUAAUUGUUGUAUUGUAAAUGUAUUUGUAUUCGGAUUAAGUUGAAAGAUAAACGAACAAUUUUAUGAAA